CGGCACCAAGGGAGCUGCCCCAUGGACAGGGCCCCACAGAGACACCACCGAGCCUCAAGGGAGCUGCUGGCUACAAAGAAGACCCACACUUAAGCACUGGGGGAGAGCUAGGUGCAGAGCUGCAGGCUGAGGCUCCGCUGAGAGGGCCUCACCCCCCACCUCCACUGCCAGCUGUUCCCUGUACCUGGACCACCCUGCUGAGGACAGGGAGCCAAGGCCGGCUAAGCUGCCAAGCCUAGGUUCAAUCAUGAGAACUCAAAUUGAAGUGAUCCCUUGCAAAAUCUGUGGGGACAAGUCUUCCGGAAUCCACUACGGGGUUAUCACCUGUGAGGGGUGCAAGGGCUUCUUCCGUCGGAGCCAGCAGUGUAAUGUGGCCUACUCCUGCACCCGUCAGCAGAAUUGCCCCAUCGACCGCACCAGCCGUAACCGAUGCCAGCACUGCCGUCUGCAGAAGUGCCUAGCACUGGGCAUGUCCCGAGAUGCUGUCAAGUUUGGCCGCAUGUCCAAGAAGCAGAGAGACAGCCUGCAUGCAGAAGUGCAGAAACAACUCCAGCAGCAGCAGCAGCAGCAGCAGCAACAGGAACAAAUAGCCAAGACUCCUCCAGUAGGGGGCCAUGGAGCAGAUAUCCUCACCUACACCUUGGGGCUCCCAGAUGGCCAGCUGCCCCUCGGUGCCUCACCUGACCUGCCUGAAGCCUCUGCCUGUCCUCCUGGUCUCCUGAGAGCCUCAGGCUCUGGGCUGCCAUAUUCUAACAACUUGGCCAAGACAGAGCCCAAAGGGGCCUCCUGCCACCUUGAGUACAGCCCUCAGAGGGCCAAGGCCGAGACUAGAGAAAGCAUCUAUAGCAGAAACAGCCAGAUUACUCCUGGAAAAUGUGGACUUCCUUUGGAGGGCCCCAGGCACUCUGGGUUUGGGGAUCCAGGACAGGGUCCAGACAGCUACUGCAGCCCCAAUAUCUGCAGUACCCCAGAGGCACCGUAUGCCUCUCUGACAGAGAUAGAACAUCUGGUACAGAAUGUCUGCAAGUCCUACCGAGAGACAUGUCAGUUGCGGCUGGAAGACCUACUACGGCAGCGUAAUAACCUCUUCUCCCGGGAGGAGGUGACCAGCUAUCAGAGAAAGUCUAUAUGGGAGAUGUGGGAACGCUGUGCCCACCGCCUCACUGAAGCCAUUCAGUAUGUGGUGGAGUUUGCCAAGCGGCUCGCAGGCUUCAUGGAGCUCUGCCAGAAUGACCAGAUCGUACUACUGAAAGCAGGAGCAAUGGAGGUUGUGCUGGUCAGGAUGUGCCGGGCCUACAAUGCUGAUAAUCAUACAGUCUUUUUUGAAGGGAAAUACGGUGGCAUGGAGCUGUUUCGAGCCUUGGGCUGCAAUGAGCUCAUCAGCUCCAUCUUCGACUUCUCCCACUCCCUCAGUGCCUUGCGCUUUUCCGAGGAUGAAAUUGCCCUCUACACUGCCCUUGUUCUCAUCAAUGCCAACAGACCAGGGCUCCAAGAGAAAAGGAAAGUGGAGCAGCUGCAGUACAAUCUGGAGCUAGCAUUCCAUCAUCAUCUCUGCAAGACCCAUCGCCAAGGCAUUGUGGCAAAGCUGCCACCCAAAGGGAAGCUCCGGAGCCUGUGCAGUCAGCAUGUAGAAAAACUACAGAUCUUCCAACAUCUCCACCCCAUUGUGGUCCAAGCUGCUUUCCCUCCGCUCUACAAGGAACUCUUCAGCACUGAACUCGAGUCUCCUGAGGGGCUAUCCAAGUGACCUGGAGAAGGGACACCUUUCCUCUUCUUUCAGCCUGCUGGCCCACCUCCCUGGACCCUGUUCCACCAUCAGUCUUUUCCUUCCUAUGCCUCCUGGAGGGUGGUCCUGCCUAUGCCCUUGGGGUGAACAAAUGCUAAGACUGGUUUUCUGCCUCCCAGGCUUGCCUAGUAGUGGAUAGGGAUGGAGAGAAGUCUUGCUCCACCUCACUUCCCAGAGCCUCUGCCCCAGCUUCUGGCAGGUGUGGGGUGAGGUAAGAUAUAAGAACCUCUAGGAGCACUAAGAUGUCCUCAAGAAUUUAGGGAAUGAAUCCAAGCAUCCUGGAUGAAGAAGACUCAACUCUGGGCUCAAAAGCGAAGAACCGACCUUUGAAAUACCUCAUUGCAUUUCCCCUUGAGCUUCAGCUAGGGGAAAUGGAUCAAGCUCAGAGACUGGUGGCAAGCGCCCAGAAGGACCUGUACAUAACACGAAUCUGGACCCUUAGA